AUUGGAAAACUUCAGGAGCUCUUAAGCGGUCGAGGUGUUAGAAAGUGUUUGGCGUCGUGAAGGAAAUACCUGCCAAUGUAGAGAAGGGUCGACGGGAUCUUGGAAGUGAUGAGGUGAUGCCUUCCUUUACUCUUGGUAAACUGCAGCCUGCGGAUGAAGGGGAGCAAAACCAACGCCUGCCUCCGACCAGCAGCUGCGCCGCGGCCGCCGAGGGUUUCUCUGGCCAGUGUUGCUCCCACCAGUCUACAGCAUGGGGAAUAUCUUUGCAAACCUCUUCAAGGGCCUUUUUGGCAAAAAAGAAAUGUGCAUUCUCAUGGUGGGCCUAGAUGCUGCGGGAAAGACCACCAUCCUGUACAAACUGAAGCUGGGUGAAAUCGUGACCACCAUUCCCACUAUAGGCUUCAACGUGGAAACCGUGGAAUACAAGAACAUCAGCUUCACUGUGUGGGACGUGGGCGGCCAGGACAAGAUCCGGCCUCUGUGGCGCCACGACUUCCAGAACACACAAGGUCUCAUCUUCGUGGUUGACGGCAAUGACAGAGAGCGUGUGAAUGAGGCUCGAGCGGAGCUUAGGUGGCUGCUGGCAGAAGACGAGCUCAGGGACGCCGUUCUGCUCGUGUUUGCUAACAAACAGGACCUCCCCAAUGCCGUGAAUGCAGCUGAGGUCACGGACAAGCUGGGUCUGCACUCUCUGCGCCACAGGAACUGGUACAUUCAGGCCACCUGUGCCACCAGCGGGGACAGGCUCUAUGAGGGACUGGACUGGCUGUCCAAUCAGCUCCGGAACCAGAAGUGAGUGGUACUCUUCUCUCCUCCCCUCUCACUCCCUCUUUCUACCCUCUCUUUACUCUCAUGUGGCAAACGUGCCCCUGGGGUGUGAGUGCCAGAAGCUGUCUCCAUGGUCGGUCACAGUGUGCUUCACCAUGCUCUAAAUGUACAGACGCAGCCUGCAACUGGGUUUUUAUCUAAUGUAAAUAGUUUUUGUUUCCAAUGAGGCAGUUUCUGGUACUCCUGUGCAAUAUUACUCAGCUUUUUUUAUUGUAAAAAGAAAAUCAACCCACUGUUUAGUACUGAGAAGGGAUUUUAGGCACACGGGUCAUCCAGGAGUCAGUGUGUCAGAAAAGCCUGAUGUUCCUCUUCUGGGCUUUACAUCUUUGUUGAGAUCCAUUUUGGUGGUCGGUUUUUAACCCAAACUCAGUGCAUUUUUUAAAAUAGUUACAAAUAUAAGAUAAGGAGAACACUUGAAGACACAGAAGGGAGAAAUGUGCCUAGUGUAGGUUCUGCAGUAAUGGCCUGAGUCCAGUCCACCAGUGGUCUGUUUCCCAUUGGGAACGUGAAACGGGGCAGAACCAGCUAUGAUCCAUUCUGCAUGGUCACAAUAGGGUCCCUGUGAUUUGCUCUGUCUUGGGUCAUCCCACACCCCAUAGCGUUUGUGCUUGUAUCUGUGCUUACAUGGCUGCCCAGGAGAUGGGCUGGAGGCUGCAUCCACUGCUCUCAGACCCCUUGGAGGAACCCCAGCCUUUUCUUGGGUCAGCAUGGGCACUUUGGUUGGAACGCUCUGGUCUGAGCGGGAGCCCUGCAGUCCCCUUGCUUGCCUGCUCCGGGCUCUCUGGGGUCUCACCAGCAGGAGCGCGGGUGGUCAUCCUUGAGCCCCAGCCCCUCGGAGCCCCUGUCUACGUGUGCUUUCACUCCCUCAGCCUGCAAGGGUCAGAUUUGCCAUCGAAAAAUGAUAACCUCUACUUUUUUCUUUUGUAUUUUGAUAAACACUGAAGAAGCUCGAGCUGUUAAACUUUUUUGGGGAAAACCUCAGAACUGGUUUAUUUGGUGUCGUGGAACCUCUUACUGCUUUCAAUACACAAUUAGUAAUCAACUGUUUUGUAUACUUGUUUUCAGUUUUCAUUUCGACAAACAAGCACUGUAAUUACAGCUAUUAGAAUAAAAUCUCUUAACUAUUAAAAAAA